AUACUUUCUAUUAUUGAUUCUGAACGAUAAGGUUAUGAUGAACAUCAACAAAAAGAUAUCAAUUAAUUUUAAACUCGUUAUAAAAAUAUACAGAAACUGAUCCUAUUAUUUUUUUAAAUAGUUUCCUUUACAAAAAAUAGUUAUAAUCGUUUUGCAAAUCAUAAAUUUUAGCUCAGCAAUCAAUUUCAACUUAGUUUCAAAUUUGAUGUUAAAAGUAAAUCAAUUGUUCUGAAAAUUAGCAUAAUAUAAGUAUAAAAAAUAAUGGAAUUUACUUUUGAAAAUUGACAACAUCCUUUAUAUAUGAAUUUUUGAUACUGUAAAAAAUGGCCAGUUCUUCAAAAUAUGGUAUGAUUAAAUAUCAUAUUGGCUUUGAAAUGAUUACUUAGAUUUUUUUCUCCAUUUGAACAAAAUAAUAGCUAGAAUUUUAGACAAUUUGGUUUUUUACAACUUGAGGCUGACCAGAUCAUGAGCGUUCAGCUCAGUAGUGGGGAUUGGCAUGAUUCUACCUCCUCAAGCAAGAUAAACUCUCAUUCCUUAAGAGUUUGUUGGACUCAUAUUUUCGUCCUAUUAUUUAUUUUUUGUAUAUUCAAUGCUGGUAUGGGAGGUGUUUCGUCGGCAGUUUCUCCUAAUGUGAGGAACACACUUCCUAUUAUUGGUCCUAGCACAAGAACUUUCAACAUGAGUGGAGAAACUGCCAAAUUUGUCAAAGAAGCCAUUAAUAAAGAUUCAGUUGUCAUAUUCUCCAAGACUUACUGUCCAUAUUGUAAAAUGGCUAAAGAGGUUUUCGAAAAACUUCAGCAUGCCUUUACGGCUAUUGAACUUGACAAAAGAGAUGACGGAGACACUAUUCAAGAUGUCCUUGGAGAAAUAACCGGUGCCAGAACUGUGCCACGUGUAUUCGUGAAUGGUGAAUUUGUUGGAGGUGGCUCUGAUGUGAAGGCUUUAUAUGAGGCAGGAAAGUUAGAAAGAAUGCUUGUUUCUUCAGGGGCGUCAUCUUAACUUAUUUAUACACACAAUAAAAUGAUAUUUCAAUCUGAUUUAUCACAUUUAAAUGUGUUCGGCCAAAUCAUAGAAUUUAUUAUUGUUGCUUAUACUUAUGAAAUUGAACAGUUGAUUACUGAAAGCUAGUUAAUACAAACUGCAUUGAUCGUUUAAUUUACCACUUGAAGUUUAAAUAUAUUUUAACACAAUUUUCUUAAAAUAUUUAAAAUUUGUAAGUGAUAAUAAAUCUGUGUUAUUAGCUU